AUGCUGAUUGCUGAAGCAUUACAUUUACAAUUCAUUUCAUUGUAUGAAUGUCACUUGAUUCUUGAGUAUCAACCUCUAUACUGAAUGAUCUCAGGAUGUCGGGUGCGGUGAAGCGCUCAUAUGACGACCAGGCAGAUCCAGACAGCCAGAAUGCCAAGCACCAGAAAGUAGACAACCGCACCAGAAUCAAAUUCCUCGUCCCAGUUUACACUGCCGGAGCUAUCAUAGGGGCUAAAGGGGCCGAAAUCAGCAAACUGAAAUCAGAGACCCAGACUCAGGUUCAUCUUUCCGAGGCCCAGGAGUUCUUCCCGGGUACCAGAGAGCGUAUUGUGGUGGUGACGGGAAUGGAGGAGAAUGUUCUGGACGUAUUCAAGAGGAUCAGUAAUACUCUAAGAACUGAGGAGAUUCCCUUCAAAGAGAGCGACCGAGGAGACCGAGCAGAGAAGAGGAGGAAGACCAUGAAAUGUCUGGUUCCAGCCAGUAUUGCCGGUAAAAUAGUCGGUAAGAAGGGUGAGACAGUUCAGAAACUUCAAAACGAACAUUCAGUAAAGAUAGAUGUGACUCCCAGCGCUAAAGCAAUUCCCGGACUAGAUGAGCGAGGAGUAGAUAUCACAGGGGAAGCUGAUAACGUGUUCGAGGCAGGGAAAGAAGUGGUGCAGAUGCUGAACGAGGAGCCAGAUAAGAGAAUGAGCAGCAGUCUGAUCUACAGUUCGUUCACUUCGCCAGGCUACAACCAGGGUAGCGGAGGCGGUGGAGGUUACAACAUGCAGGGAGGUGGUUACGGUGCUGGUGGAGGCGGCUACGGUGGAGCAGGGGGUUAUCAACAAGGCUACCAGCAAGGUUACGGUGGUGGUGGAGGAGGUGGAGGAGGGUAUGGUGGGUACCCACAACAAGGUGGAUAUGGUGGUGGUGGUGGUGGUGGUGGUUAUGGAGGGUAUGGUGGUGGAUAUGAUGGUGGAUAUGGUGGACAGCAGAACAGUUACGGUGGGGGUGGCUAUGAUAAUAGUGCUUCAAGAGGGCGUGGUCGAGGCGGCGGUGCUGGUGGUGGAGCGAGGGGUCUGAGCUGAGCACUGAGACAAAGGUGAAGACGUUACCGGAUGGACCUGAAAUAACUGCUAAAUCUCUGUGGGAUGAAACUGGGGCUGUUAUACAAAUUGUUAGACGGCCUGGAUGAAAGUUUUGUCGCGAGGAGGCCCAAUGGCUAUCCUCGAAAGCUUCACAGUUGGGCGCUGUGAAACUGCACGCUAUUGUUAAGGAAGACCUGGAUAAUGAGAUAGAGGAAUUUAGGGAGUUCUUUACAGGAGAUAUUCAUCUCGAUGAGAAG